AUGUUUGUUUGCUUAUCAGCAUUCGUGGCCUCAGAAGCUUACCCUUUAAUUUUGAGCGCCAAGCCUGGAGUCAAAGUUUCCUCUCCUUCUGAUUUGAUGACUCUUGGUGCUCUUGGUGAUAAACACUGCUGCUUCGUAAUCGAAAGAUUUCCAAAGCCUCCAAUGAAAUCAGUUUGGGAUCUCGGCAACUUUGCUAACGCAAUGACAGUUUGCGAAAAGAAGGGAACACUUAAAACUUUCAACAAUGUUGAUUCCAACCAAGUUAACUUUUUGGAGCAACUCGAAAAUCACUACAGCAAAAAGUUGACACUUAUUUCAUAUGAUGAAUGCACAUGCAAAGCCGAAAAAUUCCAAGAAGGACUCAUUGUUGUCCGUGUUACAGAAGAUGAUACAUACAUUGUCGAGGAAGUUCUUGGAAAGCUUCCAGAAGAUGUAACUGUUUCAUUUAUUGCUACGACUGAAAAUCUAUUCAGAAAGAAAUAA